AUAGAAAAGAAUUAGCAACAAAACAACAGUCGCUAUAGACUCACUAAGAGUAAAAACUACUAAGUAAAAGUGUCAAAUAAAAAAUCCUAGCAGUUGCUAAUGCUAUAAACUUACAAUGUAGUAAAAGAUUACAAUGUAGUAAAAGAAAAAGAUGGUGCUACUAUAUUCCACACGCAUAUGGUGCUAUAAAUAAUAUAUAUAGGUGAAACUUGCCAGCUAUUAAGAAGUAUUUUAAGCUAACAAAAAAAAACAAGCUAACCAUUAAAUCGUAAUAUAAUCACAAACACUGGAUUUUAUAUUAUUAUUAUUAAGCUUAGCUUAAGUAAAGUUAGACCGUUCGAUCCCAGAAAAAAAGCAUAAUAGGCACUGGUAAACUACGGCUUUGAAAUUUAUCUGAAAACAUAAACAAAUCUACGAAUUUUAAUGGCCGCACGUUCACGUUUUGUCUGGAUCUAAAACUUAACCCGUCAAUCAAUCAAUCAACUGCAGAGAAAGGGACUUACCCAAAUCAAUAAGAACAAGAGAGCUUUAACCGAUAGUAAUAGCAGUAUAGGGACUAUCAGAGUCAAACACAGUAUUUCUAUGGCUCUGGGGACUAUGACAACCAUCAAUUUUAUUAAAUCACAUAUUCAUCCUCGCGUGAUAUACCAUACGGUGUGCCAUAACAUGAUAUACAAACCAUAACAUACCAUAUCACAUAGGAUAACAUAAUUUUGUAUUUAUCUUUUCGAAAACGACAACGAUGAAGAACAUGUUAUAGAACGAAGAGAAAGGAAUCAACAGCAAAAUAAAAGUUAACACGCUAUACGGAUAAAAAGCAUAAGAAAUAGUGUUAAUUAAAAAAUGUGGCUGUUAAUUGCACCCAAAAACAACAUAACCAAUUGGCUAGUCGUGCGAUAAUCAUUAAACGUAUUGUCGAAAGACAAACACGUUGACAAUGAUAGCAGCAUCAUGUUUCAAACCUCGUAAUUAUCAAUCUACUUUAAUGUGGUGCAAAUACGGAAUCACCAAAGUUUGUACUACAGUCGCUUAAAUAACAAAUAAGUCAAUCGAUUUUAACCGCCAAGUUUGUACAACUUUGAGAAUUAGAUUUAAAAUCCAUUCACACAUAGAAUUUAAAGGUGUACAAACAUAUAAAGGUGCCAUGUUUGUUGAAAUAACAUUCGGUUUCGAAGAAUGAUUAAUCACGACUGUUUACUCGUUGCACUUUUCAAUGAUUAGCAAACACAAAGCGCUCGUCAGUGACCAUUUAACAAUCUUUACACAUUCAUAUGCGAAUAUUAGUCUUGUGAAGUAAUAUGACGCGUCGAGUUGAAUAUUUACGGUUAGUUUUUAUGCUUUCCGCUUUUGCUGUUGGAAUUAAUGGAUACGCCGUAAAUAAUGAAGAAAUAGUUGAACGAAAACAGCAACCUAGAAUCGUUACCUCGUGUCUGGGCGUUUGUAAAUGCGACGUUGAAGUUGGCCUGGUUGACUGUUCGUACCAAGACCUGGACGAAAUUCCUGACGUCAUUCCUGAUGACGUCAUUACUUUAAAUCUGAAUGGAAAUAAAAUUCAAAGCAUCAGAAGAUCGGAUUUAUCCAAGAAAUUCAGACUGGAGUCACUUUAUAUGAGCGACAAUAAAAUUUCCGUCAUAUCUCCGGGUAGUUUUGACAAUUUGUUUGAACUGGAAGAUUUGGAUUUGAGUGGAAACUUGAUGACGUCAUUUUCGAAUGAUUUAUUCGUUGCAAUGAAUUCUUCUCUACGAGUUUUAAAUUUGGGGCGAAACCAAAUAACAAACACUUCCACUCCGAUGUUUUCUAUCCCUAUGAAAAUGUUGGUUGAACUACACUUGCAUGACAAUCUUAUAUCAGUUCUAAACGAUGGCGUUUUUCAAGGUUUAUCCAGUUUGAAAGUUCUCAACUUAAAGUUUAAUGUUUUAAAGGAACUAAACAACACCGGAGCCACUUUGAUCGGGUUGGAAAACUUAGAACAACUUUUUCUUGAUCAAAAUUUCUUCUUUGGCUUGCCUGUUGCGACUGCGUUCUCUUAUGUUCGAAAUUCUCUGCUACAUUUAUCCAUAACACAACAGCAAAGAGUUAACUUGUUGACUGAGCUAGACUUACCAGUGCUUGAAGUUUUAAACGUUUCAUUUUGUCGGAUUUUUGAUUUCAAAGGCAAUCUUACAACACCGAAUCUGGUUACAUUGGACUUGACAGGGAAUCAACUACAACAGCUAUCACCUUCCAAAUUUCUUGACUUUCAUCGUUUAAAAACACUGAACAUAUCGCAAAACAGCGGGUUUCUCGUGCUGCCCUACCAAGCUUUACUCUCAGUCAGUGAGACUUUAGAAAACUUAGCAGCUGACGCUUUAUCGUUGUUCAGAAUCACCGGGAAGAGAAUUGAUGAUCCGGAAAGAAACUUGCUCAAAAAUCUGCGUCACUUAUCCUUACAGUACAACGCUAUAUCCGUUGUUGAGGAAGAUUCCUUCUUCGCAAAUCUCCACCAGCUUGAAUCACUUGCAAUGACUCAUACAUAUCUCAUAGAAGUCCCAACAGUUUUCGCGCAAUUAACAAACUUAAAAAUUCUUCAUUUUGAUGGAAAUCCAUUUACAAACAUAACAUCGAUAACCUUCCCAACGCUACCUUUAUUGGAAGAGAUCAGUUUAAAUAAGAUGCCGGAACUUGACUUUAUCGGCGAAGAAGCGUUUUCUAGCUUUCCUACUCUACGAAGGUUAUCUGUUAAAAACGGAAAGCUGUCAAAACUCUCACGGUCUGCGUUUAAUGGUUUAAACGACUUAAAGGAACUCGAUCUUACAUCUAAUGCUCUUGAAAUUGGUUGCGCUGAAUGGGCACAAGACAAAGCUUUGGAGAAACUUCUACUGUCUGGUAACAAAUGGAGAUGCGAUUGCAACAUGAAUGACUUUCGUACCUGGUUAAUCUCACAAGAAUACGUAGUGAUUGACGUCACGGAUGACGUCACUUGCCAUUUUCCGCGAUCACUUCGUGGAAACGAAAUAUCAACGUUAGACGAAUCUGAGCUGAUCUGUGAAGAUACGGAAUGCCCGGAUGUUUGUCUCUGCUACACAGAUUGGAACACCGAUAUAACAGUGGAUUGCAGUAACGAGGGUUUAUCGAAAGUUCCAAGUGUUCCUUUAUCGUCAAGUGUGGUUCAAAUGACCAACAACCCGUUCGUGUAUUUGACAGCAAGAGAUUUUUACCAAGUGCGCAACAUUACGAAGUUGUUGCUUUCAUCUUGUAUGUUACAAGAUAUUGAGAAUGUCACUUUCAGUCAAAUGGUGAUUCUCUCUGAGUUGGAUCUUAAUACGAACAAGAUUCAACAUUUAAAAGAGGAAUGGUUUGAAAGUUUAAGAAACCUUGAAAGUUUGAGACUCGAUUCAAACUGGAUAACCAGCUGGGAUACUAAAGUAUUUUACUCGUUACGAAAUCUAAAAUUUCUGGAUUUAAGUAAAAAUGCAAUAAAUUCACUGGAUACGGAAAUGUUCACUGGACUGGUGUCAUUAGAACGGCUACUACUUAACGAAAACAGCAUCACAGUCAUACCAACAGGAGUAUUUGAUACAAUCCCUUCCAUCCAAGUGUUAUAUAUCCCACACAACCGAAUUGAAAAUCUUCCCCCAAACUGUUUACAAAACUUAUCUCACCUUACUACAUUUGACGUUAGUGAGAAUCUCAUUCAAAACUUGGAUGAUCGGUUUUUAAUCUCGGAAACCUUACAAUACCUGAAGCUAGAAGAUGGUCAAAUAAGCAGCGUCGGUGAAACUGCCUUCGCAGGACUACCAAACCUUCGUACACUAAGAAUGGCUGGAAACAAAAUUCAGGAGAUAUCGUUAUCAGCGUUUCAGUCCCCAAGGCACAUCAGUUUGGUUGCUACAUUAGAUUUAAACGACAACCAAUUGACUGAAGUCCCGGUUUCAGCUUUGCAAAACAUGACCCACCUUUCAGCUUUGUACCUCAGUAAAAAUCCGAUCACUUCCCUGCAGGUACAACCCAACACACCAUGUACAUGCCCAAGCAUUGAAACGCUACAGGUGGCGUUCCUACCGAUAACAGAAGUGCCUCAGGACUCAAUCUUUCGAUGCUUCCCUAACUUACGCGUGGUAAUAAUGAACAACUGUGAGCUAACACAAAUACCAUUCAACUUACUACACGACCUGGAAAAUUUAAAAACACUCAACUUGGAUGCUAACAAAAUACCUUUGAUCCACCAAACAUCGUUCCCACAACACAACACUUUGACUGAGCUAAGCUUACGUUUCAACCAAUAUUUAACACAGAUUACCGACAACGCAUUCUCUGCACUUGGUGGUUUAAUAGACCUUCGUAUAUCAGAAUGCACGAUAGAUUCCAUAUCACCGUAUGCAUUUGAAGGCGUAACGCAACUUGAAAUCCUGGACGUUUCAAACAAUAAGUUAACGACACCAAGCCAUGAAUGGUAUUCAUCGUUCCAAGCUGAUAAACUGACAUCUGUGUCUUUGUAUAGCAAUCCUUGGUUAUGUAAUUGCUCUGUUUACCCAUACCAACAGUGGUUGCUUGAUGGAGCUGGUGGUCUUCAACCUUACACUUUAUCAACUGUAUGUGAUGACCCAAUAUUCUAUAAGGGUGAGCACUAAGUAAUAAACUUUGCAUUAAGCUUAUUUUACAGUAAUAGUACUAUGGGGUAAGAUGGUACACUGA